AUGAACAAGCUGCAGUCCAUGGAGGACCUGCUGAACCGCAAGUCGCUGUUCGUGCGCGACAUCGACCCGUCCAUCCCGAAGUUUGACGUCAAGAGCGACCUGACCCCGGUGUGCCCCAAGGACGUGGGGCUGGUGUGCGUGCCCGUGGACCCCAACACCCAAGCUACCCUGGGCUACGCCUACCUCAACUUCAAGACCAGCCCAGACGCCAAGGAGGCGCUCAGGGCGUACCGGUUCCAGCUGAAGGUGGGCGGCAAGCCCGUGGGGAUAAACUACUCGGUGUCCAACAAAGACCGGCAGAAGAUAAUGGGGCCCUGGGGGUAUCGACUUUCAAUUAUUGUGAAGAACUUGAGCUCCGAAGCGACAGAAAGAAUGCUGUUCAACAAAUUUGAAGCAUACGGAGAAGUUUUUAGGUGUAGAGUUGGGACGGCAGACUAUGGAGCAACAUACGGCCUUGUGCAGUACAUUGAGGAGCGGUCUGUGAUAAGAGCAGUUAAAGAGGCACACAAAGCAGCAUGGCUGUCCAGUGUCAUAGAGGUGGAAAGGCAUGAGAAAGCAGGGAUGGUUUACCAGUCCAGGUUGCCGCCAACCAUGCCUAGAGCAGAACCACGACCACAGCUCAGGUAUGCUUCAGUGCGUUGCAGACCAUGUGCAUGUGUGUGCAUGUGGAUGUGGUGCAAACCGCAAAGUCAUGUUUUCAGGUCUGCAUGUGUGCUAGCACUGUGUGAAUGCAGUGUGGUGGAAGGAUAA